AAGAAGAAGGCGGUGUGGCGACGUUUUAGGAGGCGCGUGGCUAUAAUAUCCUACUGAUCUCCCUUUCCAACACAAACAGGGAGAGUGCAUUGCCUUUUUCAUAUUCCCAAAUUAACCUCUACCUGAUAUAAAUUUACAAAUUUAUUAAAUAAACAAACCCUAGAUUACAAAAUUAAAUUUCAGAAAAUCGUGAAUUAGAGAACGUCAAAUAUUAAAAAAAAAACUUGGAAAAAAUCCUGCGAGAUUAAAGUAUUCCUUGAAUUGCAACAGAAGAUUCUUAUUGCGUGUGUACAUUAUCACCUAUAAUGAAGUUCAAAAUAUUGAGUAACGUGGAGGUUAUGAACAAAAGGGAUACUCCAGUCUCGUGGCGUAAUGCCAAGAUACUAUCUGUUGAUGGCCAUACUUAUACUGUGCAAUAUGAUUGUUAUCCUGGGACGGAAAGUGAACUAGCUGUGGAACGGGUAUCAAGGAAGUUUAUGAGGCCACGUCCACCUCCGUUGCUACGUAUAGAGAAUUGUGUAGCUGGGGAUGUUUUGGAGGUAUUUCAUGGUAUUUCUUGGAAGCUUGCCACAAUUUUGAAGGUUUUGCAUGGAUGCCAGUAUUUGGUGAGGCUACUUGGGUGCUCCCAGGAAUUAAUCGUCAAAAGAACCAACAUUAGGAUGAGACAGAGAUGGCAUGAUGAUAAACGGAUUGUAAUGCCAAAGGAUUCCAGAGGAUGCAAGGAUGAGAAGGCUAAAAAGCUAUCAAUUUCAAACUGUGAUCAACAAUUUAAUGCAAAGGCUAAAAGUCAAACACAAAGAGAUUGCUUGAUCACUCAGAAUGAUUCUAAAUUUAGGGAAUCUCCUUUAGUCUCUUUGAGGUCCUCGAAGAGGAUGCCUCCCUACUACUCGUCUAUCAUUGAAGUGCAUAAUGGACAUGCCCAGAAAAUAAGAGCAAUUGAGAAAGAUGAUAGGAGGCAUAGAGUGGUUGCUUUCUCCGAACUUGAAAAGGUAGAUGCUGUUGCAUACCCAAGAGAAAUUCUGGGUGAAAAAUACAUGCAUGCAUCCUUUAAAAAUAGAUUAAAUGAAUUUAAUCAAAUGGAGAAAGCCGAACAAAAUAUUCUUCUUGGCUGUUCUAAAGUUAGAAGCUCAGAAUCUAGUCAUUCUGACAGUGAUGCUUGUUCUGUUGGUAGUUGUAGUGUUAAUGAUCAGAAUCCAAACAACUGUGCUAGUCAUUUUAUACCACUCUUUCGCCAAGUGUCAGGUACCGUUUGUAGUGGUGCAGAGUCUUGUUCUGAUCCCGUCGAGGUAAAAAAUUGUCCGCUUCCUCCAAAAGAGGAAGUAGAAGCUAGUAUCCAUUGCUUAGAGUUGCAUGCUUAUCGCUGCACUCUGGAAGCAUUGUAUGCAUCUGGUCCCUUAAGUUGGGAACAAGAAGCUUUGUUGACAAAUCUUCGUAUUACACUCCAUAUAUCGAAUGAUGAACAUUUGAUGGAGCUGAAGUACCUGAUUUCUUCUAAAACUGGUACCCUUGCUGGAUAAUAGUUGUUAAAACUUCUAUUUUUUGCAUUUUUAGUAGGACUGAGUCCCAUUUUAUUCUGGUUCAAAAUUGUAAUAAAGAUCACACUGUGAAACUGUGAGAAUCUAUAUAAGUCCGUAUCAAUUAAUUCAUGUAGACCAAUUUUCGAGAUAUGGAUGUAUACCUUCCCGCUUUGGAUUUCUUUGCCUAAUGUGUUGUUUUGUUAUUUCUACUGUAAAAGGCAUAUUUAGUUUCUUUUCACUACAUAAGAACUAUUUUUUGGGGUCGAAAGCAUUAUGUAUAACUUUUUCAGGUUCAAGAUGUUCAUGUAAUAAAACCUAUAAGGCAUCCACAAAGUUAAAUAUUUUUAUUUCAAAGAGGUUUCUGCUUAAACUGUAAUGGAGUUUCUGGCCUGAAAACUAUUUGUAUUGAGCUUUGACUGGUAAACAACUAUUUAGAUGUCGAUAUUGAUUCUUAGUUAACUAACUAAUGUGAGUUUGAUUUCCUCCAUACACUUCUGGCAGCUUGUUAAGUUCCAUUGAGGAUUUUAUUCAUCAAUCUUCAAUCCCGGCAUUUCCAGGGCCACAGGCAAUCAUCAUUUGCUUUCAAAGGCUUAAAGAUGAUGCCAGGGUUUGCCGUCUCUCUUGUGGCAUAAACUACUGGGCAAUACAGUCCAUGGUAUCAUUAUUUAAUUCAUGCAAAUGUAUUAUUUAAUUCUAGGUUCGCCAGGAUUUGCCAACAUUUCUUUCUUCUCGAGGGAGAAGCAUAGCUGAACAUUAUUUAUUUUUUAGUUACAUUUUGAUAUGCAAGCAUUUUUCCUUUUGUUUGGAAUUUUAGAUAAAUGAAUGCAUGUAUGUAUCUGAAGAUGAUGGUGUUGAAGGAAGUGGAUAUUCAUUAUCUUUACAAAAUUUAGGAACUUAAUUGUGUGGAUGUUUAUCAUAUUUCCAAAUAUAGAGGUAUAAAUUUUAUGUCUUCACUGUGAGUAUUAUUAUGUUUAUGUUUACAAACAGUAGUAGACUUUCCAAAUUUGUCAAUUUAUUUGGUGAAUUGUAGUAUUCUACAUUGCUAAGAUGCCUCUUGUCAAAAGUUAGUAAGUUUUUAUGCAAGCCGGAUGCAACUUCAAGAUUAUGCUUAUUUUUUUCAUAGACUUGCUGGAUAUGAAUAUUUUCUGUAGGUUGAAUUCAGAAAAUGGGAUGAGUUGAUGCUUAUAAAGCAGUGUUUUACCGCUACACAGAAAGCUGUCCGACAACCCCUGGGAAAGUUUUAAUCCUUCGCCUUUGGCUGUGCCUCGGCGUCUCCUUAUCCCUUCAGAUAAGGAUAAACAACAAAGAUGGUACUAAAAAUGUGCUUAUUUCGGUGUGAAAGCUUACUUUCAUUUUGUAUUGCCAGAGUAUUAUUUUCAACAUUGUAAAGUAUUCACAUCAGAAAGUAAAACUUUUAUUUAAUUUA